UCGAUUUUUCAUUUCUUUAAUUAAUCACGAGGCAUUAAUAAAAAAGUUGGUAUCAAGGGAUAUGUUAUCUGUCUUUGACUAUAAAUCUGAAGUCGAAAGGUCUCAAGUCUAUAUGCAUUGCGAAAACAAGAGUAGAACAAAAUGGGAGGAAAGGGUUGGUUUUUGCUCAAGCUUCUAAUGUUUCAAGGUCUUUUCACUUCACCUCCUCAAGAUCCAGGCUUUGAUUUCUUCUACUUUGUUCUUCAGUGGCCAGGAGCCUAUUGUGAUACAAAACGUGCUUGUUGCUAUCCAACAUCCGGUAAACCUGCGGCAGAUUUUGGCAUCCACGGUCUGUGGCCCAAUUACAAAGACGGUUCGUAUCCAUCAAACUGCGAUCCUGACAAUGAAUUUGAUCCAUCUGAGAUAUCGGAUUUGGUAAGUACUUUGCAAACGAAGUGGCCAACAUUAUCGUGUCCGAGCAACGAAGGGUUCAAGUUUUGGGAACACGAGUGGGAAAAACACGGCACGUGUUCCGAAUCCGUAAUGGAUCAACAUAAGUACUUUGAGAAUACUCUUGCACUCAGAGAUAGAGUCAAUCUUCUUCAAAUCCUCACAGGCGCUGGAAUCGAACCAAAUGACGAAUUCUAUAAACUUAAAGACAUUAAAAAGGCGAUAAAAGAAGCAACUGGGUUUACUCCAGUAAUCAACUGUAACAAAGAUCCGGAGAAAAACAGUCAGCUUCACGAGAUCUUCUUUUGCGUUGAUACAUCAGGAACCGAGUUUAUCGAAUGUCCAAUUAUCCCUAGAGAUAGAUGUCCUUCUCAUCUCCAGUUUGCUAAGUUUUAAUCAUAUCUUUCUUAAUUUGAGUGUUCUGUUAUAAACCUUUUCUAAUUUCUCUCUCUAUUUCCAGACUCUAAAAUGUAAUGUUCUACAUGUUACCUGAUUUAUCGAAAAUUUAAUAAUACAAGCUUUGGUGUGAUA